AUGGAACAUUACAGGGCCGCCAUGGUGCUGGGGGGAGUCGGAGAUGCUCUGGGCUAUAGGAACUCCAAGUGGGAGAACUGCCCUUCAGGUGUGGUGAUUCUAGAUGAACUGAAAGGUCUGGGUGGAUUGGAAAGCCUUACCUUAACAGAGGACAACUGGCCAGUCAGUGAUGAUACAGUUAUGCACAUAGUAACAGCAGAGGCACUCAUAUCAGAUUUCUGGUCCCUUGAGGACCUUUAUCGUGAGAUGGUGAAGGUCUACGUUGAGAUUGUUGAGAAAAUCAAUAAACGACGACCAGACCCAGCGACCAUCGAAGGCUGCACCCAACUCAAACCUGAUAACUAUGUGCUGGGAUGGCACACGCCUUUCAAUGUGAAAGGGUCGGGAUUUGGUGCAGCCACUAAGGCCAUGUGCAUUGGGAUGAGGUACUGCCAGCCUGACAAACUGGACAAUCUUGUGCAAGUGAGCAUCGAAUCAGGACGAAUGACACACAACCACCCUACAGGUUUCCUCGGAUCGCUGUGCACAGCUCUUUUUGCAUCCUAUGCUGUGCAACGCAAGCCCAUAGUGGAGUGGGGAAGGGAGAUGUUAAAGGUGGUUGCUGUGGCUGAGGCUUACUGCAGGAAAACCAUUCGUCACAUGUCAGAAUACCAACAAAAUUGGUUUUAUUUUGAAACCAAAUGGCAGACAUAUUUGGAAGAAAGAGGAAUUUCACAGGAAGGGCAGAACACACCAACUUUUCCAAAGAACUAUGACGCAGAGAAAAGAGAUCAGGUCUACAAGGAAUGGAGUUCAGAAGGUGUGGGUGGGAGGAGAGGACAUGAUGCUCCAAUGAUAGCCUAUGAUGCCCUCCUCUUCGCUGGCAAUGACUGGACACAACUAUGUCAUCACGCCAUGUUUCAUGGGGGUGAGAGUGGAGCCACUGGAUCGAUUGCUGGCUGUCUCUAUGGCCUCCUUUAUGGAAUGACCAGUAUCCCCCCAGGUUUAUACAAGAAUUUGGAAUUCAGGGAGAGACUGGAGGAGCUUGCAGAAGAACUGUAUAAAGCAGCAAAUGACAGCAAAUCCAAAUGA